UGGAGGGCUGUUGUCCCACUUAUCUGCUUCCAUAUUGUGGAGUGGCAUCAGCCGGAUCGUGUCAUGCGACAGUUUGGGAUGCAGCAGCAUAUUCCUGCUGAACCUCAUCAGUCUGCUGCACUACACGAUGUGGAUUUGCGUAAAAGCGACACGAACUGGGCAGAAGUCCACUCUCAUUGGAUCGCGCGCUGGAACACACGGGAUACAAGAAUAGUCACUGGCCCGCCAGCAACAGAGCCACUCCAUUUCCAUUCAGAGUAUAUGGAGUGGUACCGUAGGGUGUCCAGACGCUGGAUUUCAGUGAAAGGAGCGGCAAUGGGAACCGGGGAGGAUGGUCUGGAGCACAUGUACGCUAUUGCUACAAACCCGACCACGGGGAGUAUGACAGCUAUGUGUGACCUCAUACAGUCUGUUUCAUUCUGUAUGAUGGAAGAGAGGCGGCAAACACAACUGCCAGCUCCACAUCGAGCACCUGCUGCACCGUCCAACAUGGAUGACCCAGAUAACCCGCCUAUUCCCGAUUCUGUGGCACGUGGUAGUCGGGGUAGGGCUGGUGGAUAUGGUAGGGGCCGAAGAAGGGGUCACAUCCAUGCUGAACAAGGUGAUAGGGAUGUGAAUCCAGUGCCUCCCCCUAUGGAGUAUCAUCGGUCGCAAUCAUUCCACGAAGAUCAACCCAGUUCAUCUAACGUGCCCAUCUCAUCUCAUGUGCCUUCUAUGUUUAAUCCCGGUGCUUAUGGUGUCCCGUACACGCCAAUGGGAUCAGUGUUUCCUGCAUUUGCGCCCGAGCCUAUGCAUGCACCAUCGUCUUCGAGACAGUUUCAUAUGUCAGGCGGAAGUGCACAAAAUAUUUUUUCGGGAUAUAACGCUGGAUUAGGAUAUGGCCCGAGUGGUGUCGGUCAGUUUAGACAUUCAGAUCCUUCUGCUGCUGUCGUGCAAGAUCUAGACGUAAACGCACCGGCACAGGAAGAACUUGAUCCUGAACAGUUAUUGGCACCAGGACCAUGGCGAGGUCGCUUACGGGCUCCACAUGAGAGGAGACAUCGAGGCUGUGGUACUGGUGGUCAUCACUGACUGUGAUAAUUAUACAUGAUAGGUUUUUCUGGGGAACUAGAGGAAGGUGCUUUUGAGUUCGUUCUAGAUGUCAAAAUGGUGCGUGAGAUUAUUUCUAUUGAUUUAAUUAUGUGUUCAGAUUGUGUUAUUUAUGUAAUUAUUGUAUUGAUUUUGUGUUGUAUAAAAUAUUGUGUUGAGAUUGUGUUGAGAUUGUGUUGAUGUAAGAAUAGGUGUAUGAAAUAAGGUUGAAGUUUAUAGAAGUGUGCUAUUUCUAUUCACAGGUGGAAAUAAACCCAUAUUUCAGGGGAAAUUCUGCCGGAUUUUUGGUAUAAGAAGAAAAAGGGAAUUGAAUUACAUUUAAAAAUGAAAUGAACAAUAAACAUAUUCUCAUAAUUGAGCAUGAUUUAAAUGCUACCAAUUAUACCAUGUGAUUACUACUUCAUUUUGUGUUGCUUCUGUAGGUUUCUGGUGUUUACUCAACAGAUGAUCUUGGCGUGAAGUUGGAAAUGACUGCUGAUA